ACCAUCCAACCUGUCAACCUGCUAGUUAGUAUCCAUGCCUCUCUGAAGCUGUACAUUGCUUCAGACCACACUCCUCUGUCCUUCUCCCUCUUUGAGAGAGGGCCAUUCUGCACUACAGCCAGACAGCUCGUCCAUGCUCUGGCCAUGCACUAUGCUGCGGGAGCCCUCUUCCGAGCAGGCUGGGUUGUGGGGUCUCUGGAGAUCCUGGGCAGUCCUGCCAGCUUGGUGCGGAGCAUCGGUAACGGCGUAUCCGACUUUUUCCGCCUCCCAUAUGAGGGUUUGACACGUGGGCCUGGAGCCUUUGUCAGUGGAGUGUCCAGAGGGACCACCUCCUUCGUCAAACAUAUUUCGAAAGGCACCCUAACCUCCAUCACCAACCUAGCCACAAGCCUGGCAAGGAACAUGGACCGUCUGUCUCUGGAUGAGGAGCACUACACCAGGCAGGAGGAGUGGAGGCGGCAGCUGCCAGAGAGCCUCGGGGACGGACUGAGACAGGGACUGUCACGACUCGGCAUUAGCUUGUUAGGAGCAAUAGCCGGCAUCGUGGACCAGCCCAUGCAGAACUUCCAAAGGAACUGGGAGAUGCAGAGCUCAGCUGGUAGCAAAGCCAAAGGGGUGAUUUCUGGAGUGGGGAAAGGCAUCGUGGGGGUUUUUACCAAGCCCAUUGGAGGAGCAGCAGAACUGGUUUCCCAGACUGGAUACGGGAUCCUUCAUGGAGCAGGACUGUGGCAGCUUCCCAAACAGCUCUACCUGCCUACAGAAGAAAAGUCUGCUCUGGCCCCAAACAGCCAUCUUAAAUAUGUCUGGAAAAUGCUGCAGUCUCUGGGGCGUCCAGAGCUCCACAUGUCCCUGGAUGUGACCAUCGUAAGCGGGUCGGGUCAGGAGCACGCCGGCUGUCUGCUGCUCACGUCUGAGGUGCUCUUUGUCGUCAGCCUCAGCGAGGACACCCAGCAGCAGGCCUUUCCCAUCACAGAGGUGGAGUGUCAGCAGGAACCAGGACAGCAGGGCGAGCUCACACUCACGUUACAGCAGCAGACAGUUACUAGUGAUGCUGAGGGUGACGGUGUUCGUGAGCGUCUGUCCGAGCAGCAGUAUCGGAGGCUGGUGGAUUACGUGAUGCGUGCCUCUCAGUUUCUUUCCCCCUCUGCAGCUUCCCUCCAGCUGCAGCCCCCAGUGACGCUCACAGAGCCCCCGCCCUCGGUCACCAAGUGUUAUCGCUACCUGGUGGACCCCGCCUUUGCAAAAGUGUUUGUCAGCAAGUUCACCACGGUGAAGAACAAAGCCUUACGCAUUGGAUUCCACUGAUUCGUGAAAACUCACGUGUGGCUUUCAGCUUCAGAAACAAUUUUUCCAAUUUAAUGUAAAAUGUGAAAAAAAACAAGUAUCUUGUACUUUGACUCUUCUCAUUUAUGCAAAACAUUUUGGUAUAAAAACGACGGGGUUUUAUAUCUAGAUGUGUUCACCUGGUCGACCAUGCCUUAGACGUGUCUAGAAUUCCUAGAAAUUGCCUUUGAAAGAUAUUUUCUGAUAAAGAAAAGUCACCACAUAGUCACAAAGAACAUUAGCGGGAUCAGUUUUAAUUGUGGAAAAACAUUUCAGUGGACACUAAAUCCAAUCAGAGCUCUGUCGCCGUUACAGAUACAAAUGUGCAGGCCGCAGCAGUCGGAGCCUUUCCUAACUAACCCAUCUGGAAGAGUUCACUCUGCACGAGCAGCUCUGUGUGUUUACAUUCUGCUUAUGAGUCGGUGUCUCAUGCCAAUGUGAAGUGCAAUAUUAUAUAUCUGUUGAUGGAUGUUCGAUGCUAAACCAAAAUGUUUUUUAAAGAUGAUAAUGUAACACUUGUUUGACAGUAACACUGUUUUCUUUGUCGAUGCCAAUCCCUCACGAUGCAAACAUGUUAAUGUUGCCUUUUGUAUUGUUUCACCACUGAGCUCUAUGGAAGAUUUAAAUCUAUAAUAUAUUAAUGGAGAAACCUUUUAUUAAACAAAUGAAAUUAUCUCAAGUGUCAGA